AUACCUAUUCUACCAUCUCAGUUAGCUCAGCGCUGCAUUAGACAAAUUCAGAAUAUUCCUCCCUCAAGAGUAAAUAUAGCAUCAUCAACCCAUAUCCUCCCCAACAACCCGAACCCCGACGGGAUUCACCAAUCCCGACCACCGGUAUCCUCCGACGGACAUCCCGCCCCGAAAUCCGAGCCCUAACUCUGCUUUCAGCAUAACAUAUAAAGCACUACCCCCUCACUCAAUCCAAGCACCAGCAGCUUACCAUCAACCAAGCAACAUCCAUCCCACACCACCCAACUGCAUCUACACCACCACCAAAAUGUCCACAGCAAAGAAAACCCUCUUCCUAACCGGCGGCAGCGGCUACCUCGGGCAAAGACUGAUCCCCCUCGCCGUGGCCAAAUACAACUACACCAUCCGAGCCCUCUCGCGGACUCCCACCAGCGACGCCCUGCUCCGCUCCCUCGGCGCGAUCCCUAUCCGAGGCGACCUAACCAGCCACGCCGUCCUCCGGGCUGAAUCCCGCUCCGCCGACGCAAUCAUCCACCUCGCCACGGCGUACGAAUUUGGCAAACAUGCGAGCUACGAUGAAGUGAAGCAUGUUGAUAUGGGGGGGAUUGAUGCCAUGUUCGAAGGUCUCCGUGACUCUGCUUCCCACUAUCAGGGAAAUGACGGCGAGGAUGAGCAGAAAGAGAAAGAAAAGACAUUCAUAACAACCAGCGGCACGCUCAUCACCGCCCCUGACCCAUCCGGGGCCGAAACCAACGAGACAUCCCCUCUGGACCCUAACCCAAUCAACACCCGGGGCGAAGUAGAGCAGUAUGUAUUGGAGAACGGUGAUAAGGAGCGCAGAAUCAAACCCAUCAGCAUCCGCCUCGCCCCGUACGUCCACGGCCACGCCGGCAGCGGGAUCCGUCGAUGGAUGAACCUCGCCGCUCAAACCGGCCAGAUACCCCUUGUCGGGGACGGAAGCAACCGCAUCACGGCGGUGCAUGUGGACGACGCAGCGGAGUUGUAUUUAUUGGCGGUGGAGAGGGGAGGGGAGGGGGAGGUGUAUAAUGCGGCUGCGGAGACGGGGGUCACGGCGGGGGAGAUGUUCGGGGCGGUGGCGGAGAUGAUGGGGGUGGAGGUGGCGAGGAUGAGUGUGGAGGAGGCGGAGGGGAGAAUGGGGAGGGUGGUGGCGAGGUUUUUGAGUGUGGAGAAUCGCGCGUCGGGGGGGAAGGCGAGGAGGGAGUUGGGGUGGGUGGUUAGGGGGAGGGGGGUCUUGGAGGAGAUUCGGGAGGGGUCGUAUCGGGAUGUUGUGGAUGUGAUUAAAAAUCAGGUUUAGAUGGGGGGGAUUGGUUGUGGAUGUGUAUUUAGGGUAUGAUGUGAUUACAUCCAUUUUCGAACGAUAUUCAGAUAAAUUAUGUUAUAGGUGGCUAUAGGGACCUGACCGUGCAGUCAUCUUAAGCUUUCGGGCCGGUCCGGACGUGUCAGGAACAGUCACCAUGCAUGAAGUUAACUUCCGCGGUUUCAGAAUAAACCAUCAGCUUAACCAUAGAAUUCACACAGAAUUGAAAGAAAGUGG